AUGGUUCAUGUUCUCGAACUUCGAAGUGCAUUUCGUCCGUCGGGAACUAUACGUCCAUUAACAUUCUGUACACGUCAUUCGGGCUCUUGUAUUCUUACCUAUUUUGACCCUGCGGCUGCUACGUACAUUGGUUACCUUCCGGAAGAUGUUUCCAAACAGUCAAUAUUGUAUUUGAUUCAUCCCUGUGACGCAGUACAGAUGAAGCAAAUUCAUGCAGAACUGGUACUGCAACGAGGUGGAAUUGUUAAACAACAACGUUUACGUUGGAUUGCCUACAAUGGAAGCAUCAUUCAUUCUGUAACUGAGUGGUCAGCCUUUUGGAAUCCGUGGUCUAGAAAACUGGAUGUAAUCGUUGGUAGGCAUACAGUGACGGAACAUCCUGUUGGUAAUGCUAAUGUUCUUUGCGAGGAAAACGAUCAACGUGUAAUUGCACCAUUAAAUGGAUUUACUGUUAAAGCUUUAGAGGCCGAGAUAUGUGCUGUAGUCUAUAAGUAUGCAGCAACGUCAGUUCAACAGGCGAAGUACUGUCACGCACCUUUGGCACAUCAGAAGACCGAUUACACGGCAGAUGCUUUGGCCGGUAAACAUCUUGGCACAUACAUAGAUAACCUCGUCGAGACGUUAGUCAUUAACGCCGGGAACCAAGCAACAAAAUGUUCAGCAGCUGCUGCUACAAAUUUGCAGCCAAUGCCUAGUCCAGCCGAUUUGUCGACCAGCAACAAUUCUCAUUCUCCAUUGCUAUCUUAUAGUCAGAUAAACUGUUUGGAAAAUGUGCACCGUCUGUUGAAAAGUCAUCCAAGGACGGAACCGUCUAGUGGUACCAGCACACCAACCAAAAAUUCGCCAAACGGUGACUCAGAUAGCUCUUUGCCGGUGCUCGAAGAAGAAAGUACUGACAGGAAAGUACUGGAUGACGGUAUCGCAAUGCCGUUAACACGGGAACUGUUACAACAGCAUACUCGCCGGUGGGAGCAGGAGUAUCGUGAUACGUGGCGAAGACGUUUGAACCUUAAACGAUGCAUGCAGAUAACAUCGGUUCCUUUGCCCCUACCUUUGCCAGUUGAUAAACGUCGUUCAGCAUUUGUUUCUGUGAAAACCACAUCUUCGCCGAAUCAUUUGAGAAGCAAAUCACUUCUCGAGCUUCCACAACCGAUCAACCUGUGCAUCAAUGAUCCGGCGACAGCUUCAUCACCGAUUGAUGUUUCGGAGCAUUCUCAACGCCUGCUCAUUCAGGCUGCAUUAAGGAACAAUUCUCAACAACAACAAAAACUACAGCACCAGCAGCUACAAAAAAACGAACCAUUAAUGAUUCCAGCAACUGGAAAUCUGUUAUAUAAUCUCUCCGAUUGGAAAUCGGAACAGUGUUAUGAACGUUUGGACAGUUGUGCAGCACAUUUAAUUAGUCUUUCUCAGCGUAGCAAAGAUUUACAACAACAGCUUGAACAACAACAUCUCUGCUCACCAUUAUCAAAAUCACCAGUUGAGGAAGCAACCGAUGCUUUAAUGUUGUUGCAGGACACCGUGUAA